CAGAAGGAACCAGAAGGCAGCGAUGCACUCGCUCCGCUUCCUAAGUGCUGGGGCUUUUGUAUCCAAUGCACAGCUUGUAAGAGAAAAUCUUGGAAAUCUUGCGCAGAACCUUUUCCCUGUUCUUUUUAAGGCAAGUUAUUUACAGGAGCAGGGGGAAGUAAUUCAUGAUCUGGUGGAAAACUGGCCUCUGAAAGAACUUAAUAUUGGAAAACUAUUGGGGAAGACAGCAGACCACCAGGAAGACAUCAGUAGCAGAACCUGCUCUGUGUGCCUGGCCAGCUGCCUAACUGGUCUGAGAGACUAUGUAUUGAACUGUUCAUCUCCAUAUGCAAAAAGACUCAAACUGGUGGAUUUAACAGGUGUGAAGGAUGUUGAAGUUCAGCUCUGCAAUUGUAGGAAAACAAUGGGACGGUGGGCCAGGACAGAGCUGCUCUCAAAGAUCUGCUAUGAUCUGCUCGUGGACAUGCAAAGGUUGCAGCUCAGUCCAGCUGUGUUUGAGAUUUCCAUUGAUGUCCUCAUUGAUGUCUUUGUUACUGAACGAAGCUAUGAGUUGGUGGUCCAGGCCUUGCUGAUGAGGUGCCACUGCCCACUAAAGAUUUGCUGUACAGUCUUCAGAGUGGACAACCUGGCCUUGCAAAAGCUCUUCUACAUCAUAAAGCUUACAGAUCCCUCUUCACUACUCAAAUUUGAAGUAGUCCACAAUGUUCGGUUGGAAAUGGAACAUUUGCACAUGCUCUUUAAUAACAUCCAUUUUCCUCAGCUGACAUCACUCACACUUCCAGCUAGGACAUUUGAUGUAAGAAGGUUCACUCCAGAGAAUGAAGCUACUCUGGAAAGAAUAGGAGAAAAGUUGAGUCAGAUGACUCAACUGACUGAGCUGAGCCUGGCAUUUUCCACACUCACGGGAAGAAUACGUAAACUGCUCAGCCCACUGAAAUCCCCAUUGAAAGUGUUGGAUGUUUCUAACUGCUAUUUAAACCAUGCUGACAUGGCUUAUUUAGCCAACAGUCUUCAUUCAAGCCACCUGGAAGUUCUUGAUAUCAGUGGUCAUGAUGUGACGGACCUAUUCCCAGCCACCUUCUUCAAACUUCUGAACCAUUCAUCCCACACACUGAAGAGUCUCAUCCUUGAGGAAUGCAACAUUCAGGAUGUUCACAUAAACAUGUUGAUUUUGGGUUUGGUUCCCUGUCGGAAACUGGAGGACUUGAAAUUCCUUGGAAAUCCUCUAUCUUCUCGAGCACUGAAAUGCCUUUUCAACAUUUUCAUUGAUUUUCCAAGGCUGAAAUACAUUGAAUUCCCAGUUCCAAGAGAUUGUUAUGCAAAUGACAUCAGUUACCCGAUUGGUGAAGCUGAUCUUUCAAAAUUUGAUCACCAGAAAUAUGAGAGAAUAGCAGAAGAACUUAACGUGAUUUUACAGGAGGCAAAGCGGGAGGACAUAAAGGCCUCAACACCCCUCUUUGGAGGUUACGACGCAGCACUACAAGAAACAGGCAAUGAACUGGGAACCACCUUGCUGAAGUCUUUCAGAGAUGCCGUAGAAAACUUCAGGGUGGCUCUUCAGGAAAUGAACUGAAGAGUCAUGCUGAACCAAACAGUACUUUUCAAUUCAUUGAUCAAAUUAAGGCAUUCAUUUAUUAGAAUAGUUUCGAUCAGGGGUCACCAAUCUUUUUGGACUAUUGGGCACAUUUUAAAUUUUGAGAGAGUGCUAAGGGCACCAGUCACAAAACGUCUGCCAUGAGGGUGUGGCAUAAUACAAUGUGAUGGGUGGGGGAUACCAAAAUCAGAGAGAGCACUGUCAUGGUACAGCUUUUUCCAUAACUGUAUUCGUAUACUAGAAAAGGCUUAAACUGUUGAAUUUCUACCUGGCAUACAGCUGUUAAAGGUGCAAGACCCCGAUUUUUCCCAAUGCCAACCCUAAAACAAAGCCAAGGCUGCCAUCCUGUAUCCACCUGCCUGGGAGUAAGUCUCAUUAAACACAAAGAGGCUUACUUCUGAGCAGUCAUUAUAUCAUCAUUUAUUUAAUUUUUAGUCACCUCAUACCCAGUGGUCUCUAGGGGACUUACAAGUAUACCAUUGUUGUUGCUGCUGUUGUUGUUAUUAUAUGCCUUCAAGUCGAUUACGACUUAUGGGGACCCUAUGAAUCCUUUUGGAUGUAUUCAUAGGGUUUUCAUGGUAAGAGGUAUUCAGAGGUGGUUGACCAUUGCCUUCCUCUAAGCCUACGGCACCCGGUAUUCCCAGGUGGUCUCCCAUCCAAAUACUAACCAGGCCUGACCCUGCUUAGCUUCUUGAGAUCAGAUGAGAUCGGGUUUGUUCAGGGUAGUAUGGCCGUAGAUACCAUUGUACUGUAAGUUAAUUAUACAAUGAAUUCUUAGUAACUGCAUGGACAUCAACUCCUAUACAGCAGGACAUACCCUCUUUACAGAGUUUCACAUUUGGAAAAGAGAUUGUUUAUCAUUCACUUGCACUUAAUUGUGUUGUACUAUUUGCAGAAAAUAACUUCUAGGGAUUACGUGAUCUCAACAAACCCACCUCAGGAAAGGUGCACCCUGAUUGCUGGGGAAAAGCUAGAAAAUAAGACAGAAGCCACAAAAGUUCACUAAAAGGAAGGAGGAAACAGCAGCUCUUCAGGACCCCAACGAUUCUGAUUGCCUGGUGUUUCAACAACUCACUUAGCAAUCACAGCUCUGUCAUCAGUCAUUAGCUAAAAACACUGAUAGGCAGGAGCGGCCAGGCUGGCUCACUUCACAUAAAUAUUUAUUCAUUUAUUACAUUUAUAUACCACCCCAUAGCCGAAGCUCUCUUGGCGGUUUACAGCAAUUAAAAACAACAAAAACAAAUAGACAAAAUUUAAAACAAAAAAAAAUAAAACAACUUAAAAAUUUUUUAAAAAAUUUAAAAACACAUGCUAAAAUGCCUGGGAGAAGAGGAAAGUCUUGACCUGGUGCCGAAAAGACAACUGUGGGCGCCAGGCACACCUUGUCAGGGAGAUCAUUCCAUAAUUUGGGGGCCAUCACUGAGAAGGCCCUCUCCCUUGUUGCCCGACUCCCAGUUUCCCUUGGAGUAGGAACCCGGAGGAGGGGCUUAGAUGUUGAGCGUAGUGUACGGGUGGGUUCAUGUCGGGAGAGGCAUUCCAUCAGGUACUGUGGUUCUAAGCUGUGUAAGGCUUUGUAGGUUAAAACCAGCACCUUGAAUCGAGCUCGGAAACACAGAGGCAGCCAAUGCAAGCGGACCAGAAUCGGUUUUAUGUGUUCAAACCAUCUGGUCCCUGUUACCAAUCUGGCCGCUGCAUUUUGCACAAACUGCAGCAUCUGAACCGUCUUCAAAGGCAGCCCCACGUAGAGCACAUUGCAGUAAUCUAGUUUGGAGGUUACCAGAGCAUGGACAACUGAAGCCAGGUUAUCCCUGUCCAGAUAGGGGUGUAGCUGGGCCACCAACCAAAGUUGGUAGAAGGUACUCCAUGCCACCAAGGCUACCUGAGCCUCAAGUGACAGAGAUGGUUCUAUGAGAACCCCCAAGCUACGAUCCUGCUCCUUCAGGGGGGUGCAACCCCAUCCAGAACAGGUUGGACAUCCACCAUCCAGUCAGAAGAACCACCCACUAACAGCAUCUCAGUCUUGUCUGGAUUGAGCCUCAGUUUAUUAGCCCUCAUCCAGUCCAUUGUUACAGCCAGGCACUGGUUCAGCACAUUGACAGCCUCACCUGAAGAAGAUGAAAAGGAGAAAUAGAGCUGCGUGUCAUCAGCAUACUGAUGGCAAUGCACUCCAAAGCUCUGGAUGACCACACCCAAUGGUUUCAUGUAGGUGUUGAACAGCAUGGGGGACAGAACUGACCCCUGCGGAACCCCAUACUGGAGAGUCCAGGGUGCCGAGCAAUGUUCCCCAAGCACCACCUUCUGGAGCCAACCUGCCAAGUAGGAGCGGAACCACUGCCAUGCAGUCCCUCCCACUCCCAACUCAGCCAGUCUUCCCAGAAGGAUACCAUGGUCGAUGGUAUUGAAAGCCGCUGAGAGAUCAAGGAGAAUCAGCAGAGUCACACUCCCCCUGUCUCUCUCCUGACAAAGAUCAUCAUACAGGGCGACCAAGGCUGUUUCUGUGCCAAAACCAGGCCUGAAACCCGACUGAAAGGGAUCCAGAUAAUCGGUCUCAUCCAAGAGUGUCUGGAGCUGGCCUGCAACCACUCAUUCAAGGACCUCGCCCAGGAAUGGACCAUUUGCUACUGACCUUUAGUUAUUAAGAUUUUCUGGGUCCAGGGAGGGUCUGUUCAGGAGUGGUCUCACUACCACCUCUUUCACUUAGAAGGGUACCUGCACAUUUUGCUAUGUACUUUUCUUUCUUGGAGAGCUAGAGACUUUUUUAUUUUUAAAUGAAAGGUAAGAGUCUGGGGGCCCAACCCAAGGGUGCUAAUGAUGGCCUUUUUGAGCACUCAGUUGGUGACCCCCAGUUUAGAUAGCACAUUCAGCUACUCUGAUUCAUUCUUCUGUGUAAGCUGAAUAAAAAAAGGGCAACCCACUUUCCUUCCACACCAGCACCUGUUUAAUUUGAGAGGAAUAACUACAGCCUGCCAUACAAAGCAGUAAGUUGCACUAUUCCUCAUUCCCAAUAGAUGUCCCAUGUAUAUGAAGGGUUGCAGCUUGUUAUAUGAAGCCGCAAGGAGAAACUCUUAAUUUGCAAGUAAAAACCUAACAUUAAUGCCACACUGAUUGUACGAAUUGCAUGUCCAGAAGAAAUUCCACAGUACAUGGUAGAUUCUUAUCUGAAGUUAAUGCCACUACAGAUUAGGAAUGGGGUUCACUGCCUAGUUAUGGUCCAUUUGUAUGCCAAUCGUCUGUCACUCCACCCUGAUUGGCCCUUUUUUUGUUCCCACUGCUUUGGUGCUUGCUGAUUCGAUCUGCUAUGGGUUUUUUUGGUUGAGAAAAAAAUUGCAUAAUUUUUAACAUAAAUGCCUAUGUAAAUAA